AUGCCGGAAAAGCUGUCGGACCAGCACACUGCAGGAAAGGGGCAGUUGCGUCAAGUGCAGUCCAGACCGUCUAGUCCGCUGGGAAAUGAGAACGCCGCGUUGGCCGAUCCUACUACUCCUGGCCGCAGACGGUUACAAAAGCACUCUUCAACGACCUUCCUAACCGAUGCCUCCUCUAAUAAUUUUGCCGGAUCUAGACUGAGUAACUUGAGCAAGCGGAGGCUCUCUAUUCGCGAUCAGAGGGUGCCCCAAGGCCCGCGCCCACAAGAGCAACCACGCAGUUCGGGCGCGGUUCACCACUCUGGCAACUCCUCCGUUGACUCGACGACCGGAUCUCUAAAGAACAGCAAUUCACGUAUUAGCCUGCGUUCCACGAGCAUGAGUAAUCUCGCUAACCAGAAUACUGCCGAGAAUAUGGAGUUCCUUGCUCCCGUUAACUUCGACGACUUUCAUAAUAGCAUUAUAGCAGAACCGAGCUUGAACCAUUUUCCUUUGCCUACGACCGGAGGAACUGGAAAUGACCGACAAUCAACCUCUUUCCAUCCCACCAAUCCAUGGGCAAAAAAUAAUAUUGAUAAUAAUACGCCUGGACCAGCUAAAGGCUACCCGUCACGGAGAAAGAGCUUGAUAGGGCAGAAUAUUUCCUCGGACUCGUCUUCCCGCCCGCAGGCAUCAACUGCAGCCGGUCGAAAUCGUCGCCAGAGCCUUAUACAAAACCAGGCGCCUGAUAAUCCUACACCGCGAGCGCCGCGCAAAUCAAUUGGGCCCGGUUUUUUACCUACAGCUUCCUCUGCGAGGCGCCAAAGUCUAUCAUCCAGAAAAGCCAGUGCUGACACAACUCGGCCGGACCAAACAAGCUAUCUCCGCCCAAGAAGCCAGCAUCAUGAAAUGAAUGGGUUCAACGGGCCGCGGCUUCCGUCGAAUGCUCGCAGUGCGAAGGCCAAGUCCUUUCAACCUCCCUCAAGCGAACUUGGCGAUAAUUUCUUAACGACUACCGGCUUGGGGGAUCACUCUCGUUCCUCAUCAACCAAUGCUGUUCGAACCCCAAUGAAGAGCACAGCUGGGAGGGUUCCAACACCAACGUCAUCUGCAAAGCGAGUAUCCGUGAUGCCUCUCCAUGCGACAGGCCUUGGUGCUCGUACAAUUAGUCCGACUGAUGCUCGGCGGCUGAAGCGCCUCUCAACGGCACCCCAAGCUCACCCACUGCCGAAUACACCGCCGAGCCAAACUGAACCCCUGCCACAUCGUCCUCGCUCCUCAACUUACUCCCCUUCCAACAUUCCCCGCAAAAGUGCCACCCCCUCCUCCAAUCGCACUACUCCUGAUCCGAAUAGAAAAUCCUACAGUUCAGGCUUGUCUCUGUCGUCGAAUACCAGUUAUAACUCUGCGAGAAAUUCGGGCGGCUCACUGCAAACCAGAUUGUCUCAGAAUUUCUCAUCUUCUCGGCUUCCGACCCCAAAGCCUCGUGUGGAGCAUGCCAUGAAUAAUGCUGAAGAGGUGCCGCCAGUUCCUGCUAUUCCCAAAGCCUAUGAAUCCCCGAAGGGCGAGUCGGACCAGCCACAAUUCUCGGCACCCCGCAAGUCUAGUUUGCCUCUGGAAAUUGAGCUCUUGAGAUCCACCCAUAUCUCCGAGUCAAAGUCAACCAGCGGCCAGCGUAACUCUGAGGUCUUGGAUGAACGCGGAAUAAAAACCCCGGAAGCCAAACCGCAUACCAGUGUUGCGUUCGGUAAGAAAAACAUGAAGCUGCCACCGUUGAACCUACUUCCCUUGGGAACACCGAUGACUUCCAAGAUCGAGGCAUUGGUUGACAAAGACGAUCAUACGGACCCAUCAACUCCAUCCGCACAACACGUAUCCAAAACACCGAGCACUCCUUUGACCGCCUCAAAAGCAAACUACUUUUCUUUUCGUGACGAUGAAGAUGCAGAUCCUCUUCCUCAAGCACGGAGCAGCACGUCGCAUUUUGCACUAAGUACAUCGUCUAGCAUCACCUUAAGGGCUGCUAGCAGUUCUAGUGCACUUGCUUCUCACGACGGUCAUACGCCUGGUGGAGCCAGAACUGUCUCUCCGUACGUUUCUUAUGCACUGCCGAAGAGCAACAGCGAGUAUAAUCAUCUCCGUCAGAAACCCAGCGCAGAUUACUCUUCCCGUAUAUCUCAGUCGUACAAAUUGACCGGUCCUCGUCCUCAAACCCGAUCUUCUGGACUCUCGAACUCGGAGACCGUUUCUAUCCCUUCCGAUCCUGAUAGCAAUGGACUGCCCACCACUACUCUGCGCAACAAAAUCACCUUGUCGCGCAAGCGGAGCACUUCGAAAACUCAGCAAGCGCUCAAUGCAAAUACAGACCCCAAAAAGUCUGACUUGAUGCCUCCUCCUAAGCUCCCGGCUUCCGCCACCUGGAACAACCUUUCGACAGGAAAGGAUUCGAGUCCGACCCUAAAGCCAUCAUACCUCAAGUCUAGGCGGCAAUCUUCUUUAACUAAUGUGGCAAAUCCAGCGCUCAGAAAACCGAGCUUCAGCAGCGAGCAGAGCCUGUCACUAUCACCUACUGUCUCUCGGGAGUCUCAUGAAAGCGAUAACUCCCAACAUCGGUCUGCGUCUUCAAUUCUCUCGCCGGUGCACAAGAUUAUCAGCUCAGCGAAGUCAAAUAUGGCAGCCACUUCGCAAACUGAGAACCGAAUUGAGACAGAGAUUGCGAUCGCGGACGAGGAAAUGCGAAGAUUAGGCACCAAGCGGAAGGAUUUUGAAAAAGCUGCAAGGGAGUUGGAUGAAUUGCGCAACAGGGCCGGACCUAAGGAUCAUGUCAAUCCGGCUCAGGCUCUGAGAGUAGCCCAUCUCAACAUCUUUGAGCGUGGGGAAAUUAUCGACUUUAAAGACAUUUACUUUUGCGGUACCCAAGAUGCAAAGAAGCACGUCGGAGAUCUGAACCAACAAUCAACGAACUUUGGUUACGAUGAUGACCGCGGAGACUACAAUAUUGUUCUAGGUGACCAUUUGGCCUACCGCUAUGAAGUGGUUGAUGUUCUGGGUAAAGGUAGCUUUGGUCAAGUUGUCCGGUGUAUCGACCACAAAACGGGCAACCUGGUUGCAGUGAAGAUUAUCCGCAACAAGAAAAGGUUCCACCAACAAGCUCUAAUUGAGGUCAACCUUCUUCAGAAGCUCAAAGAGUGGGAUCCGCAUCGCCGUCAUAACGUGGUCAAUUUCACGCAGAGUUUCUACUUUCGGGGACAUCUGUGCAUCUCAACUGAACUGCUGGGUAUCAACCUGUACGAGUUUAUCAAGGCGCACGAUUUCAGGGGGUUUGGUAUCAAGCUGAUCCGUCGAUUCACGAGGCAAAUACUUAAUACCCUCACGCUUUUGCAGGCGAAGAAGGUUAUUCAUUGUGACCUUAAACCUGAGAACAUUCUCCUUGUCCAUCCUCUCAGUUCGGAGAUCCGGGUCAUCGACUUUGGGUCCAGCUGUUUCGAGAACGAAAAGGUAUACACGUACAUCCAGAGUCGCUUCUACCGGUCUCCUGAGGUUAUCCUUGGUAUGUCUUACGGCAUGCCAAUCGACAUGUGGAGUUUGGGAUGCAUAUUGGCGGAGCUUUACACCGGCUAUCCCAUCUUCCCCGGCGAAAACGAACAAGAGCAGCUUGCCUGCAUCAUGGAGGUCUUUGGGCCGCCGGAGAAGCACUUGAUUGAGAAGAGCACUCGGAGGAAGCUCUUCUUUGAUUCUCUCGGCAAGCCGAGAAUUACAGUAUCGUCCAAGGGGCGGAGGCGACGCCCUAGCUCAAAAGAGCUCCGGCAGGUUUUGAAGUGUGACGAUGAGGCAUUUUUGGACUUCAUCUCCCGUUGCCUUCGAUGGGAUCCUCAACGCCGUUUAACUCCCAGCGAAGCUCUACGACAUGAAUUCAUGACGGGUCACAGAAUGGCGCCCAGGCCGAGACCCUUUGGAAGCCAGUCCCCAGGAAAGCGGGCGAAUACUUUGUCCACGCCGACAACGGGUCGACCUCUCCCAGAACCGCCCGGCACAAGUCUCAAAAAUGGCGCCGUUGUCCGCAGCCGCGACCCUUCGAAUCCGUCGCCAAUAAAAGCGACAGCUGGCAAGCGUCACUCGACUGUCAGCGGAUUGCCUCCGUCAACGCCCGCCAAGCGAGGGAUAAAUCUAACGACUACACCAGGGUCCGCAUUGCCUCGUGCUUCUGCGAGAAGCAUCAGCGGGAAGCCUGACCUUGCGACAGCGGCGGCGGCGACAAGCUUGUUGCAUAGCAGGCCGGGGACGCUUGUGGAUUUGAUUCGAUUCUUACGACUUAUAUUGACUGCUGGUUCAACAAGCCAGUGGAUGAGGCAGGACACUUCUUCUUAUACCCUCACUUGA